CCUCACCUCGACCGUGGGCCAUGUCCACAGGGCUGGGGACCGUUGGGGGCUUCGAAGAGCCCCUCGCCCGCCCCGGGGCGGGACAUCCGGUCCUGGCCCCCACCGGGGCGGGAUUUCCUGUUUUCUUCCUGAUGAAGGGGCCUCGCUGGGUCGCGGGCGUAGUGCAGUCCCGGGCCUUGCACCGUGACAGGCCUCUGGGGUGCCCCGACCCGUGCCCCGUGCUUCAGCCUUUUCCUCCCCCUCUCCCCACCUCCCCGCCGCCUCUCACUGGACAGGUCCCCGCUGUGGGCCUGUCCGAGGCGUUCAGGAGACCAUAGGCCCAGGAGCGCCGAGGCGUGGAUGGCGUCAGGGCGGCCCGAGGAGCUGUGGGAGGCCGUCGUGGGGGCCGCCGAGCGCUUCCGGGCCCGCACCGGCACCGAGUUGGUAUUGCUGACUGCGGCCCCCCCGCCGCCUCCCCGCCCGGGGCCCUGUGCCUAUGCCGCACACGGCCGCGGGGCGCUGGCCGAAGCUGCCCGCCGCUGCCUCCACGAUAUCGCGCAGGCGCACCGGGCAGCCGCCGCCACCCGGCCUCCCGGGCCCCCGCCAGCACCGCAGUUGCACUGCGGGGCUCCUAGCCCUCCGCCUCGGCCCGCACUGGCCAGGGAGGACGACGAUGAGGAUGAGGACGAGCCCACCGAGACGGAGACUUCCUCGGAGCGGCUGGGCGGCAGCGAUAACGGAGGACUCUUUGUGAUGGAUGAAGAUGCCACCCUCCAGGACCUGCCCCCCUUCUGCGAGUCAGACCCGGAGAGCACGGACGACGGCAGCCUGAGCGAGGAGGCCCCUGCCGGCCCCCCGGCCUGCUCUGUGCCCCCGGCCGCAUCCCUUCCCACGCAACAGUACGCUAAGUCACUGCCCGUGUCCGUGCCGGUGUGGGCCUUCAAGGAGAAGAGGACGGAGGCGCGGUCGUCGGACGAGGAGAACGGCCCGCCCUCCUCGCCGGACCUGGACCGCAUCGCGGCGAGCAUGCGCGCGCUGGUGCUGCGGGAGGCGGAGGACACCCAGGUCUUCGGGGACCUGCCGCGACCGCGGCUCAACACCAGCGACUUCCAAAAACUGAAGCGGAAGUACUGAGCGGGGAAGCUCCCGGCCUUCCGGUGCCGCCCCCAACCGCAGCGGGCCUUCUGCGCUUUCCGUUGGGUCUUUGCUCCUUCUGCCCAGCAACAGAAACAUUCGUGACGGGAUUGGCUCGCUCCCCGGAUGGGGGCGGGGCUACUGUAAACUUUUAUGGGUCAACUCCGUUUCUUGCCUAGCAACAGAAGCUUUGCCCCGCGGCCCCGGCUCCCUGCCUGAGAGCACACUGACGAGCCGCGGGCGGAGCUCCACCGUCUGGCGGAACCUGCCCAGGGCUGCAAGCACAGGGCCGCCCCCGAGACAUUGAUCCCUGGGCCCCGCCCCCUGGGGGCGGGACCAAACCCUCCGAAUCUGAGCCGGCCAGAGGCCUUGGGGUUCGUAUACACUACUGGGGCUGGGGUCCCCCGUGUCCCGCCCUCUCAGGGAUGGUCCGAUGGUCCUGCCCCUGCGUCCGCCAUUCCCGGUCCCCCAGAACGUCCCUGCGUCCGCCUCGUCCCUGCCCCGACCCCAACAGGUGCCUUACAGGGCCCUCUUCACCCCAGGUUGGGGCAGGGCCCUUACUCUCCGGCCCUGCCCUGGGUGCAGGGAGUGGGUGGGGGGGGGUCGGAGGGGCGCUCAGAGAUUAAAA